CCGGCGGUGGGCGGCGGGGCGACGGCGGCGGCGGCCGCGGCGGCGGCGAUGGCGGUGGCCGGCCCCGGGCCGGUGCCCGUGCCUAUGAACCUCUUCGCGACGUGGGAAAUCGACCGCUCGGCGCCCAGCUGCGUGCCCAGGCUCUGCAGUCUGCGCCUGAAGAAACUCACUGUGCUGAAAGAGCUGGAUAAAGAGCUGAGCUCUGUGCUUAUCGCCGUGAAGAUUCAGGGUUCGAAGCGAGUCCUGAGAUCAAACGAAUAUGUUCUCCCACCUGGCGGCCUGAUGGAGACCGAGCUGGAGCUCACCUUCUCGCUGCAGUACCCACACUUUCUCAAGAGAGAUGGCAAUAAACUGCAGAUAAUGCUGCAGAGGAGGAAGAGGUACAAGAACCGCACGAUCCUGGGCUACAAGACCCUUGCCGUGGGCAUCAUUAACAUGGCUGAGGUGAUGCAGCACCCAACAGAUGGAGGGCAGCUCCUGAGCCUCCACAGCAACAUGAAGGAUGUGAACAUCCGAGUGGCUGAAAUCAGCAUCUACUCUUUGUCCAGUCAACCCAUUGACCAUGAGGAUGGGAGUGUCCCCUCAGGUCCUAAAAUCAAAGCCUCAGAUCGCUCUCCAGACAUUGAUAACUACUCUGAAGAAGAGGAUGACAGCUUCUCCUCAGAGCAGGAGGCCAGUGAUGAUGCUGUGCAGGGCCAGGACCUGUUUGAUGAAGAGGAUGACUUGAGGAAAACCAAGAAGGCUAGGAGGAAAAUGAUCCGAACCACAUCAAUGACCAGACAACCAAACUUCAAGCAGAAGUUUGUGGCUUUGCUGAAGAGGUUUAAAGUGACAGAGGAGGUCCUGGACUCUGACCCUGUAGACCAGACCCAGGAGGUGGAGGAAGACCUGGGCUUGCUCUAUGACAGCCUGGAAGAGUGCAACAACAGUGACAGUGGCCCAGAAAUUGAGGACAAUGAGAGUGUGCACAGUACACCCAAGCCCACCCUGAGGCGUUUCUUUGAGGGAGUCUCUCAUUCUGGUUCCCAGACUGAGAUCGGCAGUCUGCACAGCCAGAAAGGGCAGGACCAAGAGUCGGGCAGCCCUGGUGAGGCGGAAAAGCGGAAGCCAGGAGCACAGCGAGCACAGGAAGAGCCAGGAGCCGAGGUCCCUGUGGUGGAGCUGGCUGCAGAGGAGCCGUGUCCCCGGCUGGCCCCCCCCGAGGCUGCCACCAGGGAGAGCAGUGUGGACAGGCUGGCCCAGCUGGGCCCUGGGACCAAAGCUGAGCUCCCCAGCGCUGUGUCACCCAGCAAGGCAGAGAGCAAGCAGUUGUGGCGUCCCCGCAGCACCUCUGUGAAGGACCGGCAGAGCUCCAAGGGACAGAGUGGCCGCACCAGCAGCCUGGACAGCGAGAGCUCCCCAGACUCGUGGCACAGCACCCAGGUGCCCCGAAAGUCUGUUUAUGAUCAGCUGAACCAGAUCCUGGUCUCAGAUGAGCAGCUUCCAGAGAGCAUUGUGCUGGUGAAUGUCGCUGAAUGGCAGGGGCAGUAUGUGAGCGAGCAGCUCCAGGCACACAAGCAGCUGGUCGUUUCCACCUGCUCGGUGGCAGACAUCCAGGCGGCCUUCAACACCACUGUCUCCCGCAUCCAGCGAUACUGUAACUGUAACUCCCACAUGCCCCCCCCAGUGAAGGUAGUUGUGGCAGGGGACCAGAGCUACCUGAGCGUUGUCCUCCGGUUCUUUGUGGAGCAGCUGGCCAGCAAGACGCCCGACUGGCUCAACUACCUUCGUUUCCUGCUUGUGCCACUAGGAUCCCACCCUCUCGCCAAAUACCUGGCCUCGGUGGAUAACAAAUACAGCACUCUGUUCCUGGACACAGCGUGGCGGGAGCUGUUCAGCAGGGCUGAGCCCCCCACUGCAGACACUGUGGACAUUGCGGGCCGCGUUGCCCAGUUCAUCGCUGGAGCCAGCCUCUCUCACCAGCUGCCCAUCUCCGAGGCUAUGCUGACCUACAAGCAGAAGAGCCCCGACGAGGACUCCUGCCAGAAGUUCAUACCCUUCGUGGGGGUCGUGAAGGUGGGCCUGGUGGAGCAGUCCUUCAGUGCCUCUGUGGACUCAGACGAUGCCACAGCCUGCACCCCUUCACUGCUGAGCUCAGUGCCAGCCGCUGGCAGCGCAUCCCCCUAUGGCAAGGAGACUGUGAGCACCCCGCCACCCUCCCCAUCCGUCAGCAGUGGCCUCUCAGGUGCCGGGUCUCUGAGCCCCGGCGUGGAGGUGAUGGGCCUGCAGGUGGACUACUGGACAACGCAAGGGCUGGAUAGGAAGAAGGAGGGCGAGAAGCGGGAGACGGGCAUCAAGAACACGCUCAAGAGCAACUUCCGCUCGCUCCAGGUCAGCCGCAUCCCCGGCGUCGGGGAGCUGGUACCGCCCAGCACUAUGGCCAUGACUGUGGUCACCAAGGAGAAGAACAAGAAAGUGAUGUUCCUGAGCAAGAAACCAAAAGAGAAGGACCUAGAACCCAAAAGCCAAGUCAUCGAAGGGAUCACACGCCUCAUCUGUACAGCCAAGCACCAGAAUACCAUGCUACGAGUCUCCAUAGAUGGGGUGGAAUGGAACGACGUGAAGUUUUUCCAGCUGGCAGCACAGUGGCCAACGCACGUCAAGUACCUCCCCGUGGGCAUCUUUGGCUACUCAAAGAGCGUGUGAGAUGCGGUGCGGUCCUGAAACAGAGCUGUGGAGGGUCACGGGAGGAGGCACAGAGACAGAGGUGCUCUCAUCCCCCUGUUCCAUGGCCCUGCAGAGGGAACACCACAACCACACCACUCCCUGUGGGCCAAGAUCCAUGAAGGUGAGGCCACUGAGACUGGGUCCGCGCAUCCUCCGCUACCAGCCAGGGCACCACGCCAUCUGCCUCCCCUGCCCCUGACAGCAGCCUGGGACAAGGGCUGGCACCGGCCACGAGGAGCCUGGCUGGGCCCCGGGCCCCCUCUCCCCCCAGCUCUGCAGCCGCCAGGGCCCCAGCUGGGCUGGGCCUGGGCAGUUCCCCAGUGCUGGAGCCAGAGCAGAGCGGUGCCGGGUGGGGGCCCGUGCUGAGCAGGGCCCCCACACCCGCCCUUUGCCAGACCAGGCUGCCGGGGCCUGGCCCUGCCCUGUGGGGCUGAGCCUCAGCAGUUCCCUUGUCCCUGCACAGCCCCAGUGCUGCCGCCACCCUCACGUCCACGUCCUGGCCAGCCCUGCCCUGCGGUGCUGCCAGCUGGAGGUAUAGCAUGGGGGGCACCUGGAUUUUUGUUGUUUUUCUUUUUUUCUUUUUUUUUUUUUUUACAAGAUUCUAUUUUUUUUAAAUUUAUUGUACGGUUACUUUUCAGGAUUAAUUUUAAUAAAUUAAUGCUGGUACCAUUACGGCAGGGCUGUGUGGCUCCCUCUGUGCCCGAGGGCAAUGAUGCAGGGAGAGGUUGGCUCCCACUGCCCCUCCAGCAGGCAGGGCUGGGGUUAACACCUCACAGCUCAAUCCCAGGGCCAGCUGCAGCUCUCUGACACAUUAGCAGGUGGGACCAGGUGCAGCCAGGCUUGUUUAUUCCCAAUAAAGCCCCAGGUCCUUAGGA